GCCUUUGGUUAUUAAAUGUGUCUGUGAAAAGGUUUUGGGCCGAAAAAUAGAAGGCCGCUCUCAACAAUCCAUCUCCACCUUCUCCUCUCCUUCUCCUCAUCUCACGCUCACUAAAUUAUACUCACUCCACUCUCUCUCUCUCACACACACACAUGGCAACAGAGCAUCAACAGCCGGACGCCCAAAUCUCCCCCGCCCCGCCCCCCGCCAACACCACCACCGCCCCCCCCGCAGACCCCCCUCCUCUCGACAAUCCCACCACCACCGCCACCCCCGCCGCCAACCCUCCCAAGCGACAGCGCCGCCCCAGCGUCCGCCUCGGCGAGAUCGGAGGCGACCCACCCUACGAUGUUCCCCAGCGACGCCCCAAUAAAACCUGGCGCUUCCACAAAGACCCAUCUUUAGCCGCCAAAACCUCCAAGACGCGGCCGUUAACCAACCUCGUCAACGGAGCCGCCCCCGUCGCCGCCGCCGCCGACUCCAACUUCCAAGAUUCGGUCGAACUCUCCGAGAAUUACGCCGAUUUCGGCCUCCGGAAGUCCAAAGUGAAGAAACCCACAAAAAGGGCCCGCACGAAUUGGAACAAAUUCGACUCCUCCGCGGUUAAUAACGGCGUAAUUGAGAGCACGAGUUUCUUACAGGAAGAGAACGACAAUAAUAACGAAGAGUUCCGAGAGUUGGAGGGCGAGGGUUCGGAGAGCCCUAAGCAGCAGAGCCCAAUCAACUCCGCGGAGAACAUGGGAUUGCAGUUUUGGGAUCAGCAGAGAAGGGGGAGCCGGGCCCGUGUGUCGGAGAUCAACGGGGUGCAUCUAAACGAGGUGAAUUCGCCGGAGAAGAACAAUGAGGGGAAUUUAGGGGUGAGGGAAUGGUUAAUCGGAUUAGGGUUAGGGAGAUACGCACCCGUCUUCGAGAUACACGAGGUCGAUGACGAGGUAUUGCCCAUGUUAACGUUGGAGGAUCUAAAGGAUAUGGGAAUAAAUGCCGUGGGUUCCAGGAGGAAAAUGUAUUCCUCCAUUCUCAAACUAAGAAAAGGCUUUUCCUGACUUGUUUUGUUCUGCUGUAUGGAUUGCUUUUCUACUAGUUUCUCUUCCUCUCUCUCUUUUUGUUUUCUUGCUAUAUUAACUACUUGAGUAAUAAUGAUAAUGAUAAUGAUGAUAAUUUUGUAGUGUCCUA